AUGAUCACAUAUCCCAAGCUGUGUUAACCAAUGUUGUGGGCGUGGGAUGUGAGUUUUAGUCUUCCCAUCACCAAAUCUACGGUGCCAUUAAACGCCCUUCUCUCUUCUCUCUUCUCUCUUCUCUCACUUCAGACACCUGGGGAAUACAGGAACAACCCCAGGGGGUAGAGACGACCAAGAAAGGAACCUCCAUCUUUCGGGUAUAAAGGGUUCUUUCGAUCCCUUUAUCCACCCCUUUUCCUCUCCUCGCCUUUGCUUCUUUUCGACUUCCGGGGAGAAUUCUGCACCCAACUGGUCAAGUUUUGAAGAGGGGAAACCCUCCAAUUUUCUGAGAUCUUGAUCCAUUCUUGCUUUGGUUCUGUACUUUCUUUCUGUUUUGUCAAUGGAUUUAGAUAGUAUCGAGUGUGUAUCAUCUUCCGAUGGUCUCGAUGAGGAUGAGAUCCAUCUGCAUCACACUCUUCAUUCUUAUUCCCAUUCUCAUCAUCAUCCCGAGUUGUCGGCAACCAAGCCUCGAAAUGGAAACAAUAAUAGCGCUGUAGCAGGCCCCACUGCCACUGCGCCGGCCACUAGCGUCCAUGAAUUGCUCGAGUGCCCUGUCUGUACCAAUUCUAUGUACCCUCCCAUUCAUCAGUGCCACAAUGGACAUACAUUAUGUUCUACAUGUAAAACACGGGUUCAUAAUCGUUGCCCUACUUGUAGACAAGAGCUUGGAGACAUUAGGUGCUUAGCACUGGAGAAGGUGGCAGAGUCACUGGAAUUGCCUUGCAGAUAUUAUUCCUUGGGAUGCCCAGAAAUAUUUCCUUACUACAGUAAACUCAAGCACGAAGCAUUGUGCAACUUCAGACCCUACAAUUGCCCAUAUGCUGGCUCGGAAUGCUCUGCUGUUGGGGAUAUUCCUUUCCUUGUUUCCCAUCUGAGGGAUGAUCACAAGGUGGACAUGCACACUGGAUGCACAUUUAACCAUCGCUAUGUGAAAUCCAACCCAAGGGAAGUGGAGAAUGCCACUUGGAUGCUUACGGUUUUUCAUUGUUUCGGUCAAUACUUCUGCCUUCACUUUGAAGCCUUUCAGCUUGGGAUGGCCCCAGUGUAUAUGGCUUUCCUUCGUUUCAUGGGCGACGAGAAUGAGGCGCGAACCUACAGCUACAGUCUGGAGGUGGGUGGAUAUGGGCGAAAACUGAUAUGGGAGGGCACCCCGCGAAGUAUCAGAGAUAGCCAUCGAAAAGUGAGGGAUAGCCAUGAUGGGCUGAUGAUUCAAAGAAAUAUGGCUCUGUUCUUCUCGGGUGGGGAUAGGAAGGAACUGAAGCUGAGAGUUACGGGAAGGAUAUGGAAGGAACAAAACCCGGAUGCUGGGGUCUGCAUACCCAACCUGUGUAGCUAAAGAAAAGCAUUCUGAAUGUUGUGUGUUGUGCAGCUGCUGUGCUUUGUUUGUACCUAAUCUCUCUCUCUCUCUCUCUCUCUCUGUUUUGAGCUUUGCUGGUUUGGUGGUAUUACAUUGUAAUGGAUGAGUUGUUGUUAAGUAGCAGUGAUAUUCAUAAUUAUUAUCCAUCUUCCAAAGAUUAAGUUGUAAUGGAUGUUUGCUUUGCAACUCUAAUACACAUCAGUGGAUUCUUUUGUUCU